UGUCCCACAGAAAAAACUUUUGUUUGUCAAGUAUCACAGCAACAUACCAUAUUGACAAUUCGUUCUUCGUAAAAAUGUCAUCACAUUUUUUAAAUGAUACCCCUCAAAGUUCAAGUAUCCUACCGACUUUGGUAACCAAGCUGCGAUGUAAGUCUCUUUCGAACAUUCCUUACCGUUACAAAAUAUCCAUUCUACUCUGCACUGGAGGCAUCGCUUACAUUCUCAUGUACAUCUCCUUCAAAGAAGCCUUACAGCAUAUGAAAGAACCAGAACCGUACACUAAUCUCAGUUACAGCGGUCAGUGCAAAUUCGCAAGAAAUGUAAGCAAAGUAACCUACGUAAAGCCCUCGUUCCACCUCUGGGCCCCUUCGGAUUAUCUAAACCUCGAGUUGGCACCCUCAUGUGGUGUCCUCGUAACGGCCUUUCCUAGUGGAUAUUUCGCGGAUAUGUACGGCGGAAAAUACUUUGUCUGGAUUCCAGUAAUACUCCUCGGUCUGGUAGAGGCGAUAAUACCCCCCAUACUCAGCGGUGGUGAUAUGGACUACUACAUUUUGAUGUUCUGGCAAUUUCUCUCCGGUGUUGGACUUGCGAUGUUUUAUAGCGGCGCUAACUCGAUUCUAGCCCAGUGGACACCCGUGGAAGAGAGAGCAAGACUGGCUUCUAUAGCUUACUGUGCAUCACAGUUCGCUGUUGUGUUCCAUUACGGAACUACCAGCAAUUUCAUCCUCGCGACAAAAAUGUGGAACGCGCCUUUCUACUUGUACAUAGCAUUGGGGUUAAUCUGGGUUGUAUGUUUUGCGUUCUUCGGGUUUUCGCACUACCAGAGUAAAAAAAACAAAUGGCUGCAUGAGGAAGAGCUGCAGUUCCUGACGAGGAAACUAGAAAAUAUGACAGCUUUUCGCAGAAAAAAAUUCCCCUGGUUGAAAUUUUUCACGUCGUUUGCUUUAUGGGCAGUGGUCGUUGCUCAUUUCGGUUUCAAUUGGAUGUGGAAGGUGAUGCUCACCAACCUUCAUCCCUAUUUAAGACAUGCCCUCUACUUCGACUAUCAGACAACCGACGGUUUAUGUGCUCUCUCCUAUUUCUUGAUGGGUUUGAUGACAGUACUGAAUGGAUUUGUUGCAGACUUUUUGACGAAUCGGAAAUACGUACAUUUGAUGACUCUGCGCAAGCUCUACACGACUAUCGGUCUCAUGGGACCGAUCACUUUUCUUCUAUCGUCCAGCUAUGCUGGCUGCCAUUGGGAAUCGGCGAUUGUUUUGAUUACUAUAGGGAUGAUCCUUAUGUCUUUCUACUUUAGUGGCACCAGAAUCAACACUUUGGAAUUUGCACCGAAUUUCAGUGCAUCCGUUAUGGGUAUGAUGAAUACAUUUGAUAUCACUCCUGUUAUAGGUGUGCCAAAACUUGCAGCAAUUAUUAGACCCCAUAAUACGCUACCGGAGAAAAAACUGAUGUUUUGGGUAUACGUGGGCAUGGUUGCUUUCUGCACUCUUACGUUCACGUUCAUCGGCUCUACGGAGACUCAGUCGUGGAAUGGUGAUGACCAUGAAGAAGAAGAAAUAGAGAUGGAGAAUUCCUCUAUGACGCCAAGAAACCAAUAUAUGGACCCACGAGUCACAUAAAUA